AACGUAAGGGGUGGGGAAACCCAGCUAAUGGAGGAAGUGCGUCUGCGAGCUGCAGCUGGGACACACAGAGGUAGAUUUCAGGGUGUUAUUUACAGUGAACACACUCUGUGCAUACGUAUUAGACUCAUCACAAACGCUGAGAUAAGGUAGUGCUGACAGUCCCAAGAUCAAAAAGGUUGAUAUUAUCUCAUUGGAGGUAAAGGACUUUGUUUAAUACUUGCCUCAGAAAGGCCUGUGCUGGGGAUGUAACUGGCUAGCUCGCUGGCUAGUUAUAAAGCUAGCUGGCUAGCUAACAACUCAGAAGUGUCAAGUAGCUGACCACGGAGAUUAUUGUGAAUUGGUGAAGAAACUAAUGCAUCUCCACAUCAUCCUCAUGCACUGCCAGUAGACAAAGAGAGACUUGGAGCCCAGAGUGUGUGUUGCAUGCCUGAAAAGUAGAGUUUAGUUGCUGGGGAGGGAGUUGGUUGUCUCCCCCAAGUGAAGAUAUCUCCACCCUGGUCAUGAUGGGCCCGCGGCGGAAGGCCACCAAGACUCAGAACUUGGAUGAGGGUCUGCAUGACCCUCUGAUUCAGGCCGAGCCCAAGGACUACAUGAAUGAGCUCUCGCAUGAAGUACUCUGCCACAUAUUCAGGUAUUUGCCCAUGCAAGAUAUCAUGUGCAUGGAGUGUUUGUCCCGAAAGCUUCGGGAAGCGGUGACCCUGUACUUGCGUGUGGUGAAGGUGGUAGACCUGUGUGCAAGUCGCUGGUGGGAGUACAUGCCCUCAGGAUUUACAGACUCCAGUUUCCUCAUGUUGCUGAAGAAGAUGCCGGACUUAGAGCAGCUGUAUGGGCUGCACCCACGCUACCUGGAGCGGCGGAGAGUCCGGGGCUACGAGGCCUUCAGCAUCCCGGGGGUUCUAGAAGCCCUGCAGGCCUGCCCCAAUCUGAUAGGAGUUGAAACGUCUCACUUGGAGCUCGUGGAGGCCAUCUGGAACUACAUGCCUCAGGUCCACAUCCUGGGAAAGUUUCGCAACCGCAACGGAGCCUUCCCCAUCCCCCCCGAGAACAAGCUCACCAUUCCAGCCGCCGCCAAAAUCCAAACCCUGCACCUUGUCGGGGUGAACGUGCCAGAGAUCCCCUGUGUGUCCAUGUUGAGACACCUCUACCUGAAGUGGGUGCGCCUCACCAAGCCUCAGCCUUUCAAAGACUUCCUGUGUGUGAGCCUGCGCACGUUCGUCAUGAGGAACUGCGCCGGCCCCACCAACUCCCUGAAGUACGUUCCCUUGGUGACGGGCCUGGCGUCGGCCCGCAACCUGGAGCACCUGGAGCUGGUGAGGGUGCCCUUCCUCGGGGGACUCAUCCAGCACGUGGUGGAGGACAGCUGGAGGUCAGGAGGGUUUCGUAAUUUGCACACCAUAGUAUUUGGAGCCUGUAAGAAUGCACUUGAAGUCGACCUGGGCUACCUCAUCAUCACCGCUGCACGCCGGCUGCAUGAAGUUCGAAUCCAACCCUCCCUAACCAAAGAUGGAGUGUUCUCCGCACUGAAGAUGGCCGAACUGGAGUUCCCCCAGUUUGAGACUUUGCACCUUGGAUAUGUGGACGAGUUCCUGUUGCAAUGUAAAAUGAGCCACAGUGAGUUGGUGAAGUACGGCCUGGCUGAUGUGAUCGAGAACCCAGGCAUAAUCACAGACAUCGGAAUGAAAGCCGUCAAUGAGGUGUUUACCUCCAUAAAGUACCUGGUCAUCUACAACUGCCCCCAUCUACAUAACCCUCACAACUGGAUCACAGACCACUCCCGCUGGAGUCGACUAGUGGACCUGACGCUGGUGCGGUGUCACGCGGUCAAGCUGGACUCGUUCUGUCAGUUCAUCGAGAUGUUGCCCAGCCUGGAGUUCAUCUCCCUGGACCAGAUGUUCCGUGAGCCGCCCAAGGGCUGUGCGCGUGUGGGUCUGAGUGCGGGCACUGGCAUCGGUGUCUCGUCGGCACUUGUGAGCAACCAGAACUCCAACAAUGACAACGACAACAACAACAAUAACAACAAUCACCAAAACAACAACAACAACAACAACGAUGCCAACAUUCCACCGCACAACGGCGAGGAAGCGGCGCCCCUUCCUCAGCAGCAGCCGCCGCCGCGUCGACCUGAGGACCUCCGUGGCAUGGACGGGGUGGUGGUGCAGGAGAACGCUGCACCCGACCCAGUGGUGAUGGAGGUCGCUGAUGCAGCGGAGCAGAGCUCUUCCGGGCGCAGCCAGGCCGCUCGCCCUGCAGGGGGCGACGAGGAGCAAGCAGGUCCCAGUGGGAUGGCGUCUUCAGUGAAGAAGCAGCCCGUGGAGGUGCUGGACUCGGACAGCGAGGAUGAGGAGGAGCAGGAGAAGGCUCGGGUGCAGGCUCCGCCUCCUGGCCCGUCGAGACCCUCCUACGCCGAGCCGGACAGCAGCAGGCCAAAGAGCUCCACCCCAGACGCCCCAGCCCCCCUCAGCAGUAAAGGAAAGACGCCUCUGCGCCGGCGAGGCCCGCCUCCUCAGGAGCCCAGCUGUGAGAAGGGUUGCCAGGUGACCAGCGAGCAGAUCAAAGCGGACAUGAAGGCCGCCACGGAGGCCCCGGAGCGGAACACGGGGGGCGCCGGCCAGGUGCCGGGUGCAGGGGCCUACGUGGGUUCCAUCCGCUGGAGGGAAGACGCCGACAGUCAGGACGAGGCGCGGCAGGGCGGGAGCCCGGAGGAGGGCGGCCAGGCGAGGGCGGACGGGCCAGCGGAUCAGGGCGCUGGCAGGACGGGCGGCAGGCACACGGGAGGAGGCGUGUCCCUAGCGUCAGACGACCUGGACGAGGAGGAGCGGCUGCACAGGUUCCUGGGCGGGGGGCCCCGGCGACCAAUCACGCGCUCCCGCAGCCGGCUCUCCGCAGUACCCCUGGUGUCAGAGUCAGAGCUAUCGAAACCAAAGGCUCGGGUCACCGUCAAGAGGAAACGCACAGCAGACAAGUCCACCAGCACCAGCGACCCGGUGACCGAAGACGACCACGUGCAGGUGCUCACACUAAAGUCCAAAAACCUGGUUGGAAUAACCCUCACUAACUGUGGGAUCACGGACCUGGUGCUCCGAGACUGCCCCAAGAUGAUGUUUGUGCACGCCACCCGCUGCCGAGUGCUGAAGCACCUGAAGGUGGAGAACGCCCCCAUCGUGAACCGCUUCGACUACGCUCAGUGCAAGAAGCUGGACAUGGAGCAGGUCCUGGAUCAGAUCCUACGCAUGCCUCCGGAACGGAACCGCAUCAUAUACAUGAGACCCAUGCAGCAGAUCAACUCCCUGGCCCUGGAGAAGAUGCUGUUCAGCGGGCCGUACCCCUACCACAUCGCCAUCAUCCACGAGUUCAGCAACCCGCCCAACGUCAGGAACAAGGUGCGCGUGCGGAGCUGGAUGGACACCAUCGCCAACAUCAGCCAGGAACUCAUCAAGUACGAGUUUUUCCCGGAGGCCACGCGGACGGAAGAGGAUGUGAAGAAGUAUCCCAACUACCCCUGGGGAAGAGACAUCUACACCUUGGAGGGUGCAGUGGACGGAGCCCCUUACACCAUGAUCACUGACUUUCCGUGGCUCAGGACGUUGCGUGCAGCAGAGCCCAACAGCUAUGCACGCUAUGACUUUGAAGAUGAUGAAAGCACCACCAUCUAUGCGCCGCGGCGUAAAGGCCAGCUGUCGGCCGACAUCUGCAUGGAGACCAUCGGCGAGGAGAUCUCGGAGCGUCGGCAGGCACGGCGCGGCGUCUUCCAGCGUCUGGUGGUGGUCUUCAUCCACUACUGCGACGCCCGCGGCCAGCCCGUCGAUGACGACUACAUCUAGUGCCUCGUCUCUCCUGCCCUGCCCCGCCCCGCCCCGCCCCGCCCUGCACGGGGGUGAGGUGGGGGUGGGGUGGGGGUGGCGCACAGAGACUCAUUUAAAGAGGAAGGUGGUGAAGAGGAGGAGAAAGGGCUUUGAACCCACCUGCUCCACACCAGCCCCCUCCCCGAUCACCCCCCACAGGCUGGGCUGGAGGCUGGAGUCUGCAGCCUACGGGGGUGAGGGUGCUGGGGGACCUUUGACCUUUAGUGCAAGAGCAUAGAACAUGAUGCCCUCGUCUCUCCACAAGCACCCUGACUAGAUGACUGAAGGGGAGAGAGAAUGAGAGAGAGAGAGAAUGAAAGAAAAAGGGAGAAUGAAAGAAAGAGUGGCUGUCUUUAAAGAAGAAGUAUGCUUGUUGUCAAGCUUGAGUUUCAGGCUUUCCCUCAGUUUCUUUUCAGGUGUUGUGUCAUGUGUGAGUUCCUCCCCAGGAGUCCUGUACUGCUCUUCUGCAGGAGGAGGAGGAAGAGGAGAUGAUGAUGAUGAUGUUGUAGUAGAGUCGCCUUACGUUGCUGCUUCCAAGGUGCAGGAGCGCUCCCCAGCGAGCAGAGUGCACACUAUGGGUCUCCAUUGGUGAGCAGAGCAGAGUGCACACUAUGGGUCUCCAUU